AUGUUUCGUUCACCCCCACAUGAUACACACACAUCUACAUGGACUAAUAAUUUAAAUGACUCGCUUAUAGAUUUGCAAAACAACUCUUUUCAAGAGGAGUUGGCAAAUCCUUAUGCUAGUCAAUAUAAUAAUGAGGUAUAUGCAACCUCAGUGAAGCUUCCGCAAUUUUGGACAAGUUGUCCAGAAGCUUGGUUUGUGCAUAUAGAAAUGCAAUUUAACAUGAAAAACAUUACACAAGAUACUACAAAAUAUGAACAUACAAUCACAGCGCUUCCGCAAGAAGUAAUAGUUACAAUAUUAGAUUUCAUUCAAAAUCCUCCGCAUAACAACAAGUUUUCAGAAUUAAAGAAAGUCUUAAUUGAAAGGCAUUCUUUAAGCGAAAAUAAGAAAUUAGAUAAAAUUUUGUCAGAUUCAGAGAUGGGUGAUCGUAAACCCUCUGAAUUUUAUCGGUCGCUCAUGUUGCUUGCAGGUUCCAAUUUUAGUCAAGAUAUUUUAAAGAAACUUUGGCUGAGAAAAUUGCCAAAAAAUCUUAGUGUGAUAUUAGCUAGUUCAAGUACCAAUGAUAUAAAUGAAUUGGUGAAACUAGCUGAUAAUAUUUGGGAAGUGAUUAAUAAAACCGAAAUAUCAGCUAUGAAUAGUUUUCAAAAUUCUAAAUCACAAGACACAAUUAUUGAUAAUUUAGUUAAAACGACGAAUCUUAU